AUGUCUUCCAGCCAGUCUUCCAGAAUUCACCGACUCACCUGUGUUCCCAACGACUACCCUUGGGGCGAAGUGGGCAAUGACAGCUUGGCCGCUCGACUAACAAAGAAUGCCUCAAAGUCCUUUAAUGUCAAGCCCGAUCAGCCCUACGCCGAGCUCUGGAUGGGCACCCAUCCCAACAACCCCGCUCACCUGUACUCUUCCCCCGAAACGCUCCUUUCCAGCUAUUUGAACGACCACCCUGAACUUUUGGGAUCUGUGAAGAAUUUCGAAACACCAUUCACUGGAGCCAAAGGAUCUGGGACAGAGGGGCAGGAAGAAGGACAUGUGUCGUUCUUGUUCAAAGUCUUGACGUGCAAGCAGGCGUUACCUCUCCAGAUCCAUCCGAACAAGGAUCUUGCGCAAAAACUCCAUAAAGAUAAUCCCGAGCAGUUCGGAGAUGUCAAUCACAAACCCGAAAUCGCGGUCUGCUUGUCGGACCGUUUCUUGGGCUUCGCCUCUUUCCGGCCUUAUGCCAAAAUCGUUUCUUUACUGCGAAACGUUCCUGAGGUCGCCCAGCUUUCAACAAGCCUCCGAUCUGCUGUCGAUGCCUUUAUCUCAUCACCGAGCGGCAAGACGCUUCAAAAGACGUGGGGAGAGUUCUUGAAGCUAGGCGAUAGCGAAGAGGCUAUCAAAGUCUUCAGCCAGCGGGUGCUUGACCAAGGCCCCAGCGCCUUCAGUGGCGUAAACAUCGAAGAUGACGACAAGAAAAGACUGGUACGAGCGGUAGAACUUGGAAACAAGUACAAUCCUGGUGAUGGGGGUCUUUUCUCAAAAAACAACGCUCAUACAAUCAUUAGCCUAUUUUUGAAUUUGGUAGAAUUGAAGAAAGGGCAAGGGAUGUACGUCGGUGCAGACGGGCCGCACGCAUGGAUGGAAGGCGAGAUUGUGGAGCUCAUGGCCAUCUCUGACAAUGUGAUCAACGUUGGCUUCACCGGGGAUGACGCCAAAGACGAUCCUUCGCUUGUUGCAGAAAUUGUCACCUGCACGCCAAAAGCCAUCGAAGACUUGAUCCUCGACUCCCAGACCUUUUCCAAGGGCAAGAAGGGCAACACGACAGUGUACUCGGUGCCGUUUGAAGAAUUCUCAAUCAUGAAGAUUGAUGGAGAUGAAGUACUGGAGGCGCUCGACGGUGCAGGUAUCGCGGUCGUCAUCGACGGGGAAUAUACUCUCGAGGAAGAGGAAGGCGUGAAGCACGGUGGACAAGGACCGGAUGGCGAAGGUGGUCAGGGAACGGUAUGGUUUAUCGGGUCGCACACAGAGACAAAGUGGACAGCUCGAGACGGUGAGGGCGAAAUCUGGAUAGCUUUCUAUGACAAGAAGGCCCCUCACGACGAAGUUGGGCCGAAGUAA